UUUGGUAAUAGAAAUUAGAAGAUUUAAAAUUUAGAAAGAGAUAGUCUAGGGAUUCCCUAUUUAUCCUACUAGACAUCUGUUUCAUCAGGAAGAAAUGGAGACUCAGGAUGAAACUUUUUAGCUUGAUGUCGCAUUGCUCUGCUUAUUAGAGCUCCUGUUGCACCCCCAACAGCUGUUCCCGAAGCAGAACCGAUAGCUACACCAGGUAUGUUACCAAAAAUUCCACCACCUAUAGCUCCAAAAAAUCCCAAUGCUGCUGCAACUUUGAGGGGAAGCCAAUUCCAUCUGGAGUUUGUUGCAUUUUCAACUUCUUUAAGAGCAAGUCCUGACUCUUUCGCUACAUUCUGAGCUUCAAAGUUGGCAAUAAGUAGCUUAUUUUUCCCUUUUAAUAGUUGUUUUUCGAUAUCAUGUUGAAUUUCACCUAAAUCUUGGAUCAUGUCAUAGGCUGCUUCAAGGUUUCAUAUUCAUUCUUUAAUUCCUCUACUUCUAGGUCUAUCACUAUGAAAUCAAGUAGAGGAACUGGUGAAGACUCUUCCAAUCGCUCAUAAGGUUGAUCAGGAAUGUAUUUAAUCCCAAUGGAUGAUCUAGGACUUCCAAGAUUUGAAGUGACGCUUUUGUCUGACUCACUCUUGAGACAAGUGGGAAUUCUUCCUUGUCAUUCUUUGAUAAUCUUAUUCUUUAGUAUCUCAAAUUUUCUCACUUGUCUAUGUAACUUCCAGUCGAGUUGAAACUUGUAUUUAUAUACCCUUUUUGGAGGCUUAUUCGGGUGUGUGAAGGCAGUUCACUCAAUUUCACCAAUGUCUGAAAUUGAGUCUUUUGAAAUUUUCUCUUUGAGCUCCUUGUAAAUGCCUUCAAGUUCUGAGAGCAAUCUCUUCGAUAUGGUAGACACGUCGUCUUUGAAGUUCUUUUGAGUAUUUUACUUUUGAUUCAUUAAUUGUUUUAAUAGGCUAUCAAGGUAUUGGACUUUAACCUUUACUUCUUUUUCCAU